CGUGCUUCCCGUUAUUUCGCGUCACGCGGUCUCGACUAAUGGCGAAAUACCGGACGACGAGAAAUAAUUGAACCCAAUGUUCUACCCCGUUACCCCAUGGUCUACAGAAAUGACAUCUGAAUUCAACGAACACUUGUCGUCUGUAAUUCCCUCGAAUUCUGAUUGUGGUGACCGAGAUUUGCAAAAUUUUAACGCGAGCUUUGAUCGCCUUUCUUGGCACGAACACGUGUAUAGAAGACUUUCUAGUAAACCAACACCGCAUUAUAUUGAAAAUAUUUUGGGAUUGAAAAGUGAACAGUGUGAUAAUCAGGACAAUAUGAUUGGAAACUUUAGUCCCCCGAAAGUUAGUUAUCCUGUGCAACAAACUGUGACAGCCGAUAUUAAUGAACCAUUGAAUUUAUGUGUGAAAAGUCAAAUUAAAAUAAGAGCAAAAACUGUUAAAGAUUCGACAAAGAAGAGGAAAAAGACUAUUAAAGACUCUAUAGACAUUAAAUCAACUACCGAGACUCAACCAAUUGUGACACUAACUAAAAUAGAAGUAGAUCCAAGUCCGGAAGACGUAGAAAGUAAGAACAAGAAAAAGAAAGCGCGAACGACAUUUACCGGCAGACAGAUUUUUGAAUUAGAAAAACAAUUUGAAAUGAAAAAGUAUCUCAGUAGCAGUGAAAGAUCAGAAAUGGCUAAACUACUCAAUGUAACAGAAACACAGGUGAAAAUAUGGUUUCAAAAUCGUCGAACCAAAUGGAAAAAGAAUGACAAUGUUUCCAAUAUUGAAGUGGCAGAGCAUAAAAACAUAACCUCGAAACCUGAAGAACUUCGUACAAGAACAAAAUCCAAUAUAAACCACAGCCAAAGUUCGAAUUCCAGUAUUGAAAGUGAUACGAAGAGUUCGGUAGCAUCCGCUAUUGUGGAUUACCCUCCAGAUAAAAACUUCAAAGAUAUUCUCAAAACGAAUCUCCCGCAUUCUCCUAACCCGCAAUUACCCAGUCAACACAAUCAGAUAAACGCGACAAGGGAUGUUUCGUUGAAUUCUUCGUUCGUUAGUCAAGAAAAAUCUUAAGAGUGUUUAACGUGUAGGUACUUACGUGUCUUUUACUCUUUUGUUCUUUUUAAUAGAUAUUGAAAGCCAUUGUUUUCAGAAAUAUUGAGCAAAUAAUCUUGUUCUGAUUCUAAGAAUGAUUUGGAUAAGAAUUAUGUAAUCUUCGGUAUAAAAUAUUCUUAUUAUUUAAAUAAUACAGAAAUUUCACAUUUUUUGGAUAUUUAUAAAAUGUUGCAGCCGAACCAAAAAAAUGGUAUUUCGAGUUUUUAUGAUUUCCGUAUAGAAGAAAUGCAUAACCUAGCAGUGAAAUGUUAACAAUGAUGAUAGUAACACAACAGAAGUAUUUUUGCAUAUCAACGUAUGUAUACUGUCAAAAAUCUCAUACUUGAGAUAUAGAUGACACAUUUGACCUGGUAACAAUAUUCGUUCAUAUAUCGUCUUAUACCGGGAGAGCAGCUGAGAACGCCCGUCGGCCAUAUCUCAGGACUGGAAUUAUAUUACAGCUUCACCUUCAAGGAAAAAGAUAUAAUAAGUGGUUCCGAGAAACAUGUGGAAAUUACUUUCAGAACUUUAGGUCUACCAUUCGAGGGCGUAUUUGAAAAUAAGACAAUUAAAAGAACAAAAUUUUUUAAAAUUCACCCAUUUAAGUGGCACUUUAUAUACAAUAAUCGAAUUCGUCAACAAAUUCGGCGCAUUUUUUAUUACUUAACUUUUAGUCUAUCUCUUCCAAUAACAGUAAAUCCGGUUCUGCUUAGCCGAUUUCUAUAAACAUGUUAAUUGAAAAAGGUUUUGUCCAGCAAUACGACAUAUUUUUUCAUAUUAUGAUUUCAUUUAACAAAUUUAAAUUGAAGCGUAAGAAGGUCUUGUUGGAAAAUUCGAUUAUCUAUAUGAUAUACCACUUGAAUAGCAUCACAAUAACAGUAACAAUUGACGUAAAAAAUUUACUCUGACAGCUCAGUGGUAGCUAUCCUUUAGAUUUGAACUGUUUCCUCAAAAUUAUUCCCUGCAGAAUCCAUACAAGCUGCAAAACUUGGUAAAAGCGCUC